AUGGAGUCGAAGAACAAGAAAACGAUCAAAGAUCUGCAGGCACAAGUUACCAAAGCCCAGGCGGACCUUGGCCGGUGUCGAAACCCUCCCCCCAUACACAUGUCCUCUACGAAUUGCCCCGUCAACUUGGGUACGGUGGUUACAUAUGGCGGACGCAACUGGAAGGUGUACUGCGCCUCGGCUCCUAAAGGAAUCUCCUAUUGGAGUGGAUAUGAAAGGCACACUUUGUCCCAGUGCGCAGACAAAUGCGCACAGCAGGCCCAAUGCAAAUAUUUCGACUGGGUAGAGUGGCGGGAAUAUUGCGAGCUAUUCAAAUCGGAAGCAGGCCCAACCCGUGUGGGACACAACUGGCAGGAAUACCCAGUGACAUACGAGAAGAUAUAG